AUGUCGCCAUUAACCAGGGUAAUUCAAGAUUAUGCAGAAGAAAUAGGCUGCAAUAACCUGAUACCACCUCUAUACUACCUAGAUGAUCAAUGGAUAGGCCUAAAUCCACAUCCUAGAGUUGUAUCACCACCAAAAGAACUAGAAGUAGAAAAGGAGCCAAAAAUACAGUUCGAACCAAUCCAGCCAAUAGGAGCACAAAAAGAGAACAUUGAUGCUCAAAGAACCCUCAACUUCGUUACAGAGAGAAAAGCAGUAGAGGAUAUCCUAAUCAGACGAGCAGCAGGACUAGAAGCCAACAGCCAAGGAUACUCCGCACCAAACAUUUUCAACACGAACGAGAUCCAAAAUCAUCCAUGA